CACUUCAGUCGGAAAGUCGGCAUCAGUGUUGCACCAUUUCAGAUUUGCACUUGCAUGCAUGCACAUUUGCUGCACUCUUUUCGCGACCCUGUUUUUCUGCCAAAAAAAUCAAUAACCUACUGGUAGAAGCUUUUGCAAAAAAAUGGCUGUUUGGGGAUCCCUUAAAAUUACCGGUGGGAAGCAGGUAACUGCGGUCCCUUCGCAAAGUAUGCGGUUCUCCGAGUCCCUAACGGCAGCUUUGGGUAAUCGCAAAUGUAAGUACAAGGAGGUGUCCAAGGACAUGAACCAUUACAUCAACAAGGAGGAAGAGGAACACGUGAUCGCCGCUCCCCCGUUCAGUAUUAAUCGUUUAAAAGCCAUGAUGCAGAAGACUAUUCGGCAGCAAUUCAUCAUCCGGGAUGAGGAUGGCGAUCUGGUCAAGUGGGUUUACAAUCCGGACAAUAACCUGACUUUGUGCCAAAAUAUAGCGAAGGCUAUCAAAGAUAAAAUCAGAGCGGCAAACUAUCCUCGCUAUCGAAUCAUCUGUUUGUGCAGUGUGGUGGAGAAGAACGGUCAAGGUAUCAACUACAAGAUGAAAUACUCCCUGGAUCCCUACUUGGAUAAUCACGUUCAGUAUGUUCACGAUAUGGCCAGAUUUUGGAUUGUGGUGACUGUGGUUUUAGCCUACAAAGAUUGAAAGCCACAACACUUACAUUCGAGCACUCGAAGUACAGAAUGAUGUCCACGGGGGCAAUAAAUUUUUCAAACUCCAGUCCUUGGGCUGGUUCUCGUGGAUAGCUAAAAGUGUAGCGAAAAUUAAUGCAGUGCUCUCAAUUUGCAUUCGUUUCAAACUCACCCAUCAAUAAGAUAGCCAACCGUGCCAGAAAGUGCCUUCACCAUAGCGGCUUCCAGAAGCUUCAAGACAACUUCAUUCGGUACCAAAAUGCCCUUCUUCAUCAUCUCCUGCAGCUCCUUACCCUUGUCCGAACCCGAUGCAACCUCUUCGCGCAGCAGAUCACCGGUGCUGAAGUGCGAAAAAUUAUACUUGGCAACAAUUUUCUCACACUGAGUUCCUUUGCCACAGCCGGGGCCGCCAAGGACCCAGAUGAUUGGCACGUUCGCGUCGCGCAUCUGAAAGUGAAGAGCAUUGAGCCAAGUUGUGUUUUGCGCCAUUACUAAUUUGUGAGUAGAUUAGAUGUAUUAGAUGUUCAAUAAUAAUUACUACAGAAAAAGAUGAAAAAUCAUCACUUUAUCAUAUUCACAGUGACCUGUCGUCAAUUAGUCGUUUAGUGCAGUUAUCAUGGUUUAGUGAACAGACUGCACCCUGUGAUUUUUAACAAGUUGCAUGAAACCACGAGUGAGGCAUCGCCAUUAGAUAAAAUUAGUUAUCGGAAUAAAUUGCAUCUAAUCGGUCUCAUGCAACUUACAUCGUGGGGCGUUUGCGGUGCAGAUGACGAGGAGCCGGAUGCUGUCCGCUCUUUCAGCUUAGAUUCAUGCUCCAUCGCCAUCUGGUGACACAUGAAUAACUGGCGACGGCGCACAGCAAGAGCAGAUGGCCACGGUCAAUGCGAGCGAGUGUAGAAAAUUUAGAUUGUCAGAGUUUAUUGUGAUGGUUGUCGGUGUGGCCGAGACAUUCAAACGGUGGAGGUGAUUGUUGUGUGUAUUUCCGAAACAUGGUGAUGCACGGUGGAGGUUGGAGGGGUGAAUGACGCCGUAGGAGAAAAAAGAGAUGAAAAAUUAGACACUUGCGUAAAGCACUCCGCACCAUGCGUAUAAUUUACAUGUGAUUUAGAACCUACUGUUAUGCGAUACUCUUCACAAGUUGUAAAUAAUAUGAAAUAAUAUGAACAAUUCGAAUUCAACGAUUUCUAGUCUCUCAUUUGAAGUAUCAAAAAUCACGUUAAAUUGAUGAGAGCGUAGAACUUUAACUAUACCAAAAAUUUGCAAUACAAAAAUAUUAUCAAACCGGGAUUUACAAAUAAAAACGUUGCAUAAUGAAUUGAUCGUUACAUAACCAUAUACAUAGCACUCAUACACACUAUUACUUUAACACUGUCCUAGUAACACAGCGAACAACAAACUUUUACUUUUUCAAACCGUAUUUCAAACCGGCUAAAAAUAACCUCAAACAAAGUCGUUCACUGCUAAAUUUAUUUCGGUGCGAAAUAACAACAGGAGAAUUUUGUCUAAAGGCAUUGGUAAAGAUUGCAACGCCGACUGCGACGAAUUUGUCUUUACAACAGGUGGCUUCAUAGAACUCGAUAAAUUUAACAGAACAAAUUCAUCCUUGACCCUCAUUUUCAUUUAACUAGGGAGAGGGAAAACGAUUUUCACGACGACUAGUAAAAUUCAAAGUCAAAAAUAGGUAUCACCGAUAUGGCUAAUUAAUGCAUGAACGCCAUCGUUAUUUUAUUUCUUGGGGUUCAAGUUCAAUGAUUUUUUUUUAAAAAUGAGCAAUUUCACUCCAGUGUUUGCAUGCGAUAAUAAGGCCGUUACAAAUUUUGUUAUUAUUUUAUGUCAUGUUAGACUUUAAAAUUUUAGACUUCAAAAGGUUUUUAGUGAAUCGUGAUCCAGAGAUGUGAGAUAUUUUGCAUGUAAACCCAUAUAAUAUCACUUCUCUUGGUUCAUCACUGAUCACUUCUCUUGGUUCAUCACUCUACAAAAUAUGUAAAAAAAAACUCGCAGCGAAAAAUAUGUACGUAAUACUUCAGAUGAAAAUGAGAAAGGUUAUUUAAUAGUCAGCCAUAAAAAUAAGUAUGUUAUCAAUUUUUUUUUUUUCAGUUUUUAAUUCACAAUAUCUUGUAAGAAAAAGAUUCGUGUGUAUUGAUACGUUUCUUUGAUGAAAAUAAACGAAAAAAAAUGAUGCGGUAAAAUACAAUUUUGGGAAACAGCCAACAUGUUUCAUUGAAAUCCGACACGGUCAAAGCAAGAGAUGAGGAGUCUGCGUAAACUAAACAUUUAUUUCCUAUUGGCUGUUUUCACUGAUAUUAAGUUGAGGUUCAAUUGAAGGAUUAAAUAAUAGCAUGAUAAAAUGAAUAACAACUCUAAAUGGAUAGAAAUAGGUUGAAAAUCUUCUGAAAGUCUGAAAUUUGAAAUUCCGAGCAGCUACCGUAAAUGAGCUACAUCCGAAUCUAGCGCACCGUUCUGUAUUAUACAACAUUACGCAUACACUUGCUGCAUUACACUCUCCGGUGAUCUUGUCGCAAAUACCGAUUCCCUGUUCCAUGCUGUGAUCGCAUUCGAGACAACCCAACAGUAAAAUUUCACUUUUUCUCUUUAAAUGUUUGCACCCUAUCCUUCAGUAUUACGACAUUGUUCUUGAUAGAUUAUUUUUAGAAACUGUUAAAGAUUAUUAAAAAAAUACUUCAUACAACUUUUUCUGUA